AUGUCUAACACAGCAGGAGGUAGUCCACCAGCUCCGCCAAUUAUCGCGCCCUCCGUUUCAACCUUGGACGCACUCUCUGGAACGAUUCAAGCUUCAAUUGCAAGAUAUGAUAAAGCAAAGACCCUUCACGAGAGAGCAGUAGCUCUACAGGAAAUUCAAUUAAGCUCCUCAAAACUUUGCCAAGCAACAACGCCCUAUCAGCAACUGUUCGCGGAGAUCAAUUUCCGUCCCAAUCUUAACGUUGCUAUACGAAUCGGCGUUGAGAUGGGUCUUUUCAAAGCUUUACCAACUUCCGGCGAGCCCUCUACAAUCGCAGACCUCGCCCAAAAGACCAACUCCGAGGAAGAGUUCCUCUUACGCAUAGCACGCACUGUAGCUGCAUUCAAUAUUAUCCACGAAAACGACUCUUCAAAAGACUCUCUGCCAUCCUACAGCCACACUCCUUACUCGCGCUUUCUCACCUCUCCUCCCGCUGAAGCAUCCACCCGCCACCUCUUCGAUGAGAUGCUUCAUGCUCAAACGAAUUCGGCGGUCGAUUACUAUCUCAAGAACGGCUUUAGAAAUCCUACCGAUGCGAAGAACAGUCCGUUCUCCUUUGCGCAUGGGGAGACGGACAAGGGUGUCUUUGAUAUCCUGGAGGAGCAUCCUGAGAAGAUGAGAGUGUUCAACAGCGCCAUGACUAUAGUAUCUAUAAUUGAGACGAGCGAAAAAUUUCAAGCAUAUCCUUUCGACCGAUUGAGUCCGAAUAAAGAGGGAGUAGUGCUCGUGGAUGUUGGAGGUGGCAAGGGGCACGUUAUCAAUCAGAUCCGGUCAGCGUUCCCCAACCUACAAGGAAAGUUCGCAUUGGAAGACAUGCAAGUCGUUCUCGACGGAGGUACCGUGGUUCCCGCAGACGUGGUCUUGCAGCCACACGAUAUUUUCAAGGAGGCCCAACCAAUCCAAGGCAAGAUUUUCCCCAAACUCCUCCGCUCCAAUUAUUUCUUGAAGAGCAUCCUCCACGACUGGCCCGACUCCUCCUGUCUUCAGAUCCUGGCCAAUCUCAAAACGGCGAUGCGAGGCUCCCCCACAUCGCGGCUCCUCAUAUGCGAGCUUGUCCUGCCAGACCGCAAUCCAAGCGCCAGUCAGGUCCUACGUGACAUUAACAUGCUGGUCAUCGCUGGGAAGGAGAGAAGCAAGUCGCAGUGGAACAAGCUGCUCGGUGAAGCGGGCUAUGAAAUCAUGGGAUUCUAUGGAUCGGAGAGUGCUAAUAGCGGCAUUAUUGAGGCGAGACUCCGACAGUAA